CAAAACGAAGAAGCUAAGAGUGAUUCAGAACUCCUAAAUGGUGCCAAUCACAUCAACCACAAUGUCAAACGAGACGUCGUGGUGAACGGUACGGCAGCUGCAUUGGGGCACAGUCCGCGUGAAAACGGUGGGGGCAGCACCAGCUGUAGUAACGACACGAAACUUGAGCGGAAUAGGGCUUCGACCCCAAACACUAGCUCCAUCGCCAACAGUAACGGGGACAACCGAUCGCCCGUAUCUCCCAGCGCUCUCAAUCUCGGGACACCUAUCUCGUCGACACAUAACACCAGCAUGACUUCUGCUGCCUCUCCUAAGCCUUCUACAUCCAUCAACCCUCAGCUUCCUGUGACUUCGACUCCGAUCGGUGAGUUCGCUCUCUUUAGCUUCAACUCCUCUCUGGGGGCGGUAGCAACUCAUUUAGUCGACGUAUAG